AUGAGGGGUAAGCCACUGGACGUGGCCUACGCUGUCGUAUACCUGGCCUCAAAAGAAGCUCAGUUUGUUAGCGGAGCUAAUCUUGUGGUCGACGGAGGACUUCCUUCAACUGGUAAAGUAGUACUGGUCACCGGAUCCAGUUCCGGCAUUGGGAAGGGUAUCGUUAAACUGUUCUCAGUAUUGGGCGCCGAAGUUGUGGUCACCGGUAGGAAAGAGGGUCAAGUGAAACGUGUGGCACAAGAAGUCCAAGAAUUAUCGCCUAAAAAAUUAAAGCCGUUGGCUGUUGUGGCGGAUGUGACCAAAAAUGAUGACUUAAAUAGACUAAUGAAUGAAACCAUUAAAACAUUUGGCAAAUUAGAUGUACUUGUUAAUAACGCGGGAAUG